AUGGGGCCGGUCUUCGUGUACCAAUACCAAGGAGCCACCUGGAGGGGCCGUUGGGAAUCAGCCCAGGAGGGAAACGCCUGGCUGUCUGGCUUUGGAGGGCGGUUCUCAUCUGAGAUAGGGGCAAGUGCAUCUACAGAACCAGCCAGGCAGAGCGUCCACCCUGCAUCCCAGAUCCCUGAGGAAGCUCACGUGACUCCAGCUGUCGCCACCCCCUGGGCACCUGUGCACUCUGCCUAUGGAGCCCAACCUGCAAUUGACCCAACCCUCUGGCCUGUCAUGGGAACCCCCUGUGCUGUCCACCCCUGCAUGGGGUACCCAGCCCCUUGGAGUUACCCGUGGGUGCCCAUUGGCAGUCCUCUCUGGUUAGGGCAUCCCCCUCCAGCUGCCCCAGCACCUUCAGUCUGGCCCUGGGGCUUCUCCAGCUUUGAUCCCCAAGUGCGAAGCCAGCACCUGGCCACCAUGGCCCCCAGGGGAUUUCCUUGCCCCCGGGGACCCCCACCCCCAUGCUCCUCAGUCCCUCUGGCUCUGAGCAGGGACGCCUCUGGCUACUCUCCCCAGGUGGGAUGGCAGGCUCCUGCCAGCUCAGCCUUCCCAGCUGCCGUGGAGAGACCGUCCAGAGGAGCUUCUCACUUGAAGAGGUGCCAAGCCCCUCCCUCAGAAUGGGCUUCCAGGUUCAGCAUUUGGGCCCCUGCACCACCCUCCAGCCCAGAACUCUGCCCCCUGCCCCCCUCCCCCAGUACAGACUCUCCACCUGAGCCCUGCUGUCCCCACUGCCCUCGGCCACCCUGCAGGGCCUGCCGCUGCCUCUUCUAG